AUGGAAGACCAUGUGCUUAAAGGCUCUUCAACUGCUCAGUUGAACACAGAUAACGAUAACGGGUUAUUACUCUCACCAGAACGCAUGACUUCAUCAAUAGAUAGGAAAACCAUGAAAAGUUCAUUGAAAAGAAGACUAGAUAAUUCAAAAAGGAGCAAAGAGGAAGAUGAUUCAAAUGCCAUCUCAACUGUAAUUUCGUCACCUCUCUUAAAGCCGACACCUCCCACAGUUUCCAACAGCUUGGUGAACUUAUACCCAUAUUUGAUUGUAGCUAAUGAUAUCCUAAGCAUAUUGACCUGGACAAACGAUAAUAUGACAAUCAAUUUUGUGAUAAUGUUAUGCUAUACAAUAAUUGUUUCUUAUUUUCAAUUCUUAUCCAAAUAUUUUAGUCACAUCCUGGUUAUCGGCAUCAUUGGUAUUUAUUCAUUAAUAGGGAAAUCUGUGAAUGACACAGUAGAAUCACAUCCAACCUUAGAUGAUAUCAUACAAGUAAUCACUUUAGUCACUAAGAAAUCAAAUUUGAUCCUGGAGCCAAUCGAUAUUUUGACUUUGCAAGAUAUCAAAAGAUUAUUCUUUACAACCGUCUUCUUAUCACCCAUUUACAUAAUAUUGACAUUAUUCAUUUUGACUCCAAAACAAUUGUUAUUAGGAGGAGGCAUAUACGUUUUAGGGUAUCAUUCACCAUGGUUUAGACGUAUCAGAAGUUUAUUAUGGGAAUUCAAGAUGUUUAGAGUAUUCAUCUUUUAUAUCACUGGAUUGGAUCUUUCUAACGGUAUCCAAAGACAUAAUAAAUUGUUUGCCCAAAAAGUUCAUGCAAAAUGGGAAGCAAGAAGUAGAAGUAAAAGUAAAAAUAAACUACAAAACGAUAGCGUUUCGAAUAUAGGAGAAACAGUUGAAUUUACAUAUGUAAUUUUUGAAAAUCAACGGAAAUGGUUGGGAAUUGGUUGGACAUCAAGUAUGCUCAGUUACGAGAGAUCAUCUUGGACUGACGAAUUCUUAAAUCAAGUACCUGAUAUAACACAUUUUAAAUUACCAAGAGAGGAUAGUGUUGGAAUGACUUGGGAAUGGGUGGAUGAUAAUUGGAAUUUGGAUCUCACAAAUAAUGGUUCAAUCCAAUUGAAUAGUAAAAAUCCUAAAUUUGUUACAAAUCCAAACAUCAAUGAAGGAUAUAUAUAUUUUGAUAACACGUGGAAAAAUCCAUCAACGGACGAUACCUUUGGUAAAUAUACUAGAAGGAGAAGAUGGGUAAGAAGGGCAGUAUUGAUUAAUAUGAAAACACCAAACUAUAAUACUAUACUACCGUGUAUUGAUACCGAAGGACAGAAUCCGGUAAAAAUUGAAAAUUUGGUAGACGAUAAGCAGGUUAGAAACCGCGAUCGAAAAGUUUCAUUUAGUGAAAUUAAGAAUAUUAGAAUUAUUCCGCAAGAUGAGAAAGGACUUCUGGAUAUUCCUUAUGAAGAAGGGUUAGAAAAUGCGUUCAAAAAGGAAGACAUUACACUGACAACAGAUUGA